AUGUCUGUACCGGCCACAUAUAAGCCUUCUCCCUUGGGAUAUGGCUCUUCUCCCACCCGCAGCUCCCCCUUUCGCAGACCCGAGUCCCCUGCUUCGCCAUCUCCCCUCCGACACAUUACUCCCACCGGAUCGCCGACCAAGGCUGGACCUUUUGGCGCGACAUCACGAUUUGCUAGACCGACCACUCCCACGAGCACGCAGCCCAGCUGGACACCCAAGCCCAAGACCCCAGUAGCAGACGAUAUGCCUACAUCUCCUUCACGCAUUGGCGCGUCGCCGCGCACACCAGUAUCAAAGACGCUUGGCAAUGGUAAUGCGCUAUCUCAACUGCAGCCGACUCAGGUUCGGACACUGCGAGAUGGGUUUCAAAUCUUGGAUCGAGACUGUGAUGGGGUCGUCAACCGAGAAGACGUUGCCGAUAUGCUCAGCCAGCUAGGCCUUCCUUCCCACCCAGCAGAUGUAUCAAAAUUCUUCCCCCCUUCCGCACCCCAAACCAUCACCCUUGCGGUAUUCCUCAACUCCCUCGCCGAUGCCCUUGCAGCUCUCUCGCCCAGUGCCGAGCUCCUCUCCGCCUUUUCAGCGUUCGAUGAUGACGACAGCGGCCAGAUAGACCUGGCCGAGCUGCGCAAUGCACUCUUGGAGACGGCACCCGAACCCGGUCAGAGAUCUCUGACGACCAACGAGGUGGAUAAGAUCAUGAAUGGAUUCACCGGGCGUCGAGCCUUCAACCGCAACAUGAAUGCUCACAUUGGUGCCAAGCGAGGCGAGGUCUUCAAGUACCAGGAUUUCGUCCACUCCAUCAUGGGCUCCAACAAUGGUUCGGAAGGCAACUCGAACGAGAACUCUGAGGAUUGA